CUCAAAUGAACGUCUCGUGUUGCGUGUUAUUGUUUUGAGACGCGUGCGUGCUUGAACGGAUGCCCAACUGUUGGUUGAUACGGCGAUACGCUGAGUUCUCGACGAGAAGCGACGUCCGGCUUCAUUUACUCCUGUUGGCACGCCACCGAAGGCCUUAUCACUACUACAGAUAGAAGUUCGGACGACUGCGAAGAAAAUGGCUCCGCAAGUGAUACGCGCCGCGACCUACCUUAGCCCAGGAAUCCCUGUAGAGUUCUUUGAGGCCGUGUUAGAGUACCUCGAGCAAAGGCUCCACGUCCACACCACGCUGAUUUACGAGUCCCGUUGGUUUGGACCUCCGGCUGACCGGCGCGACCCUUUUGCUCACGGAGACGUCGACAUCGCCUUCAUGAGCCCCCUGGCUUUCGUCCGCAUGCAUGAUUCCGGCAACGAGCACAUCGAACUGCUACCAGUUUCGUCCGUGCACGAGCAUCGCAAAGGCAGCGGCGAUACGGGCCACUUCGCAGACGUAAUUAUCAACGCCGACUUGAAGGAGGCCAGCGUUGACUCUUUCGAGAAGCUGCGCGGCUGUCGGUGGGCCUACACCGGCCCAGAGUCCUUCAGCGGCAACCAGAUAACGCUUCAGGUGCUCAAGCGACGGGGCGAGACCGCCACGUUUUUCGGCAACAAACUGCGUGCGAAGUCACAUCUGGACUCCAUCUACAUGGUUCUCAACAAACAAGUGGAUGCCGCCGCCGUAGACGCGAACUGCUUGGCGUUGUUUUUCGACCGGAAUCCGUCCUAUAAGGACCAGGUGUUCGUGAUCGAGUCGUGGGGGUCGCUUCCCCCGUACCCCAUAGUUGUUAGGAAGGCGCUGCCCCAGGAGACGAAGCUGGCUGUUAAGGAUGCACUGCUCGAGAUGUCGGAGUUCUCUGAAGGCGCUAAGCAGCUCGCCCAGUACAGGGUGAGGCGUUUUGCGCCUAUCAGCAUGGAUCAGUUUCUGACGUUCAAGGAGGACGUGAGGGAAGCGUCGAAGCUCACCUUCGACUCUGUCUACUACUAAAGUACUCGCCUGUAACAGCGUCGCGUCGCGGGACACCUAGUGCCCAAAGACACGGCUCUCUAGAAUUGCCGUUCGGUUAGCGUACCUAGUGAAGAAAUAGUUUUCUGUGAACUUGUUCUAAGCGGCAGGUAUUUCCGAGCCGAAUCAUCUAUCUACAGCCCCAUUUAGGCUCUUAAUAUCGCCGCAGUUAAGGCAUGUAAAGAGUGCAUUGCUUGCUUAGAUGUAGGGGCGGCUCUUCGCCGUUGGCAUAGACACUGCAAUGGUAUUUUCAUGCUCAAUACGUCAUGUUUUAGGUGUUGCUUGGCAAGUCGUAUUGUUGGGCAUAAGCAAGUGUAGGCUUAGUAAAACCAUACUGCAAUUUGUUGUGCCCGACAUUUCCACGUUGCUCCACUCUAUAACCUGCUUGGCAGUGUAGUUUUAAGAAACUUCUUGCAGUGUAACCUUUUCCAUGUCGGCUUUUCCCAUAGAGUUUCUCACUAUAACACCUAGAGGGAAAUCUGGCGCCACCGUCUAUGGGAGUUCCUUAGGGCGGUGUACCGUCAUGGGAACGACGGUAUAUGGCUCUGCGAGGCUUGUGUUGGCUGAUGUUGUAAGAGGCUUUGUCCAAAACGUGGAUAUGGGUACACAAAUAACGCGUUCUUAAAGUAAGAUCUUCAUAAAAUGUUUCCAUUCACGCAAAUUACAUCUUUGCUUACCUACAAUGCAUGACAAAGGGAAGAAAAGCAAGAACAGACAACAAACUGUUUCAAAGCAAGCGCGAAUCUUGUCUGUCCUCCAACUUUAGCGGCCCUCUGAUGCUUUUUACGUGUCAUAAUUGUACAUGCAGUAACAAGUUCUCCUAGUUAAACAAAACAUGUUUUUGUGUAAUAAUAAAGCUUAAACAGCUUUUUACGUGCAGUUUUAGUAGACGAAUCAUUGUGACAAAUGGAACGGUGCUUGCCUGGCUCUUCGAGAACAAUGCCAAUCUGAAGUCACAAUAUACCGGCAUUCCCAUGCAUAUGCCACAGCGCAGCAGUGCCAGAUUUCCCUGUAGGUGAUAUAGCGAGAAACUCUAUGGCUUUUCCUAUGAAUGACAUUGAAAUCAAUUAUGCUAAGUUAUAUAUUAGAGUUUUUUAAUAGGGUGCUUAUUGCUUCAGCUUAAAGCUUCACAUGUGCAUAGUGUGUGUCUCUUGCUGCAAACAAAAACUAUACUCUGCUAUGUUGUGCUAGUGAGAGAAGAUUCCGGUGGCAAUCUGUAUAGUUUUCUUUAUUAAAUAUAUAUAACUUUUUUACAAA